CGAAUCUUUACGCAGAGAGGAUCAUGGAGAAUUGUAGCUUAGAUCUCUGCCUCUCUCCAGUGAUCUCUUCACUUGAAUCUUGUCGCCGGGAUUCAAAUCAAUCUUUAGCCGCAAGAACUAAGAAGAUAAAUGAACUUUAUAAUGGGAAAGUACGAGGAUACGAUCUCGUAGAGGUCCAGAUAAGGGCGGUAAUAGAGAUGGCGAGCAAGGAGCGUGGCAUAACGGCGUCAGAGUUAGCGCCGGUGAGAAUGGAAUCGCCGUUACGAUUUUCGGUGAAGAGAUCAGUGGAGAGGUUUUUGGAGAAGAGGAAGAAAAGAAGCAAACGUGUUAUACCUUACAGUUACUCUUACAGCUCCACGUCUUCCUCCUCUUCGCAUCAUUUCUAAAAAACUCAGUUAUCUAACUUCGUUUUUUUCUUUCAUUUUUCCGUAUACUCGACGAUGAACUUCGAGUUUUUUAAA